AUGCAAAGUGAUCGUCAAACACUCAUUAAGGCAAUUUCAAAACAAAGUGAGAUAAUCAAGCAACUAUCCUCCAAAGUGGAUAAUUUGCAAAACACAGAAGAAAUCCAUAGGGUAGUGCCUGAAGUCAAACCGACUAUGCAAAAUAUCUCACCGCUUCCUACCAUGAGAAUUACAACUGAUCUCAAAACAACACCAAAGGUCCCAACUGCCUCAUCAUAUCCUAUGCUAAAAAAUACAAAGAAGAAUUCCUUUCCGGUAGACUGGCUGGGAAAGUUGCCCCUCAUUGAAGGAAAAUAUAAACUGCAAUCCGUUAAGUUCUUAAACUAUAAACCUUGCAGUGGUCAAAAGGAAAAUUUUGAAAGCACUUCCUACACGCAUCAAAAACAGUACGUUACAGCAGAUGAAAUAGAUGAUAAUUUUUUGGGGGCUCAAUUGGAAAAAACGGAGUCGGCUAACGCGCAAUCGUUGUCACAAACAGGAUUGGCUCAACCACUUGAAGCUGAUUCAACGCAUGAUGAAGUGAUAAAAAUGCCAAUUCAGCCGAUUAGAAUCAUGCACCUUACGUAUAUCUUCUCGGCGUACAGUAUACCACCAGAGAUCGUACAACUGUCAACUCAUUUCAGUUACGAGAAAAAGUGA